GCAGUGCAUUCUACAGGACAUGUGAGACAUUAUCUACAAUACCCCGAGUGUAUAGAGCAGGUAAUGGGAGGAGCUUUGCUGGUGUCUGCUGGGCGGGAACAACAACAGGUGAAAUACACGGAGAUGGGUGGAGCAAAAAAGAGGAAGAGAAACCAGGAGCAGAGAGCACAAGUCUGUCUGGAGGAACACGUAGAUGUUGGAAAGUUUUAGACACAGUUUUGAUCAACUCAGCAACGGCUUGUACCUGUUCAGAUCUCCCCAGUAGUUUGGGACAUGGCGAGGAAGCGAGUCUCUACAGGUGGACUAUUUUGUGUUUGAGAGUUAAGACAGAGAUAAGUAUUGCUUUACAGACAGAGAGCAUCAUAGAGAUUGCCUCCACUACUAACUAUUCCAGCAUCAACACUGAACGUUAGACUGGAUGUUGCGAGUCUGACCAUGCAGUCAACUGGACUGGAGCAAGAAGACUACUUCGAUUUCUUGUUCAAGAUUAUUCUAAUCGGAGACACAGAUGUUGGCAAAACGUCUGUGAUUCAGAGAUUUAAGACUGGGAACUUCUCUGAGAGACAGCAGAGCACUAUUGGAGUGGACUUCAUUGUUCGCACCCUCAACAUCCAGGGCAGAAAAGUAAAGAUGCAGGUUUGGGACACGGCAGGGCAGGAGCGUUUCCGCACCAUCACACAGAGCUACUAUCGUAGUGCACAUGCAGCGAUGAUCACCUACGAUAUCACCCGCGGAGCCACGUUCAACUCUGUACCACAGUGGAUCCGGGAGAUGGAGCAGUACGGAGCUGCCAACGUCCUACUGGCCCUCAUAGGUAACAAGUGUGACCUGGAGUCUGAGAGACAGGUUGAGUUUAAUGAAGCAUGCACAGUAGCGAAGCAGAAAGGAUUUGUAGUAGCUCUAGAAACCUCAGCAAAGGAAGCCCAGAAUGUGGAUCAGGCCUUCAUCGUGAUGGCACAUGAGCUACUGGCACGCAAUGGACUGGCUGUAAAGGAGCACGGUUAUCACGUGGAUUCUCCACGCAUCUUACUGCGUUCCAACACCACAACGAUUAACAGCCCCACAAACAAUGUGGAGAAAAAGCCAUGCCAGUGCUAAGACUAAACUCUAUAUAUUUAAAAAAAACAACCCCCCCCCCCGAACACAAUCUUCUAUAAGGAUGUAAACCAAAAUAUUCCAACAUAAAUAAUGCAAUGUAUAGUCAGUUAAGCAGGCUCAAUAACAGCCUUUUCAGUAGUUUGUUCUAUUAAUCAUACAGCUGACUGAUAUAUACCGUACCAAGCACCUUAAGUACAUAUUGGUAUACUUUAUGCACCAACACUAUAAAUAUUACUAAGAAGCAUGCGUUGGCUAUGAUAUAUUAGUGGGCCAUGAAAUGUCCAUAACGUGUGCUGAUGGCAGAUUUGCAGAUUUCUCAGCUGAUAUGUAGGAUUUACAA